UACCACCAUGACCGCCCUCUUCAAGUUUUCUUUCGUGGUCGCCGGACUGACCUCUCUCGCCUCCGGCGCGUCGCUCAAGCUGGCCAACAACUACUCCGGCAACGACUUCUUCAGCGGCUUCCGAUUCAACCAGUCUCUGACCGACCCAACGAACUUUGGAAACAUUCACUAUGCCAAUCAAUCCGUGGCAACCGCCAGCAAGUUGGCGUUCGUCAACCCUGCCGGGAACGUCAUCCUUCAAGUGGACAACACGACCUCGGACCCCGCCCCAGGGCCGUUCUCGACGUUCGGGCGCAACACCGUCAUGAUGAUCUCGAAUGAGCCCAUCACCAUUGGGACCCUCGUGGCGAUGGACGCGACUCAUAUUCCGUUUGGGUGCAGUGUCUGGCCCUCAUUCUGGACACUGGACGCUACCAAUGGGACCGACGAAGGCGGCGAAAUCGACAUCAUCGAAUAUGUAAACCAACAAACAACCAACCAAUACAGCUUGCACACGCGGGCCGGAUGCACAUUGACCAACUCAUCGUCCUUCCCGAGCUCGGGCAGCGUAGUAUCUACGAAUUGUGACGCCGUCGACUUCAAUGUCACAGGCAACCAAGGUUGUGUCAUCGAAGAGAAGGCAUCUACCAACUCCGUAGGGAAGGCGUUCGCGGCUAAUGGUGGAGGUGUCUACGCCAUGUACUGGACCACGGACGGCAUUCAGCUCUGGUUCUUCGAGGCACGUCUAUUCUUCGAUCGCUCCAACAUCCCGUCGGAUCUCACGAAGAACUCGCCCGACCCUUCGUCGUGGGGGACACCCUCUGCAGCGUACCCCGCACAGAGCUGCGACCCCUCCACCUUCUUCAACAACCGUCAAAACCUAAUCAUCGACACCGACCUUUGCGGCGCAUUCGCAGGCAACGCCGAUGUGUUCACGUCUUCGGGGUGCACGGGCCAGUGCCAGACCGUGAUCAGCACGGCCAGUAAUUACGACGAUGCCUACUGGGAGAUACAGUACAUCAAGACCUUCAAUACUCAGGGCAGCACGUCAGCCUCUGCCUCAGGCACGAGCACGGCAACUGGUGCGAACGGAUCGGCCACCGGGACCAGUGGAACGAGCGCUGGCGACAGGAGUUGGAGCCUCAGCGCGCUCGCUGUCGCUGGUGCUGCGCUGGUCGCGAGUGUGGUUUUCGCUCGAGCGUGAUCGUGGUCGUUCACUGUGUUUGCCGGGGGGCUUACUCGACUCGCACGGACUUCUGGGUCUUGAUACUGUUAUGGACCAAGUAGCUUAGAUACCCUACUGAUUGCACGCUUGCUUGGCAUGCUUCAAUAAUCAUGACAAUCUCUUGCCAAC